AUGACGCCAUCGAGUCCGUCGUAUUCUCCCACCAGUCCGUCGUACAGUCCAACGAGCCAUCUACAGCCCGACCAGUCCUGGUUAUUCGCCCACAUCACCAAGUUAUUCACCUACCAAUCCGAGUUAUUCGCCGACAUCCCCCAGCUACAGUCCGACGUCACCGACUCCGAGCUCGCCGAGCUACUAUCGCCGACUAGCCCGAGCUAUUCUCCAACAAGUCCGAGCUAUUCGCCAACGAGCCCGAGUUAUUCACCCAGCUCCCCCAGCUACACGCCGGCAUCUCCUAGCUACAGCCCGACAAGUCCGAGUUAUUCGCCCAGCUCUCCGCAGUACUCACCGCGUAGUCCGGCUUAUUCACCCAGCAGCCCGAAAUAUUCACCGACAUCGCCAUCUUACUCUCCGGGAUUUCCACAAUACACCCCGGCGUCGCCCAAGUACUCACCGACGUCUCCGACGUAUUCGCCGACUUCGCCUGCUUACUCUCCGAGCAGUCCAAAGUACUCGCCGACGUCUCCGCGCUAUUCGCCGGCCUCGCCCAAGUACUCCCCGACAUCACCGAGCUACAGUCCAGCAAGUCCAGCGUACUCGCCGAGCAGUCCCAAUUACUCGCCCACUUCGCCAUCAUAUUCACCCGCUUCCCCCAAAUAUUCACCAACCUCCCCAACCUAUUCUCCAGCACCCACGGGCUAUUCACCUACUUCGCCUUCCUACUCACCCACGAGUCCCACUUACGAAUCUGACUCUGAAAGGGUGAAAGAAGAUCGUCGUAAACGUUCUAGGCGAUAGCGUAGCCUACGGCAGCUCAACACUGACAUACAACAUAAAUCCAUUCAGGUUCAUGGUGACUUUUUUUUUUUUUUUUUCAUAUGAUUCCUCAUUAGAAAUUUGUUCAGUCGUUGAGCUUCGUUGUUACCUUUCAGCCAGGAUUGCUUGUUUUCAUUGUAAUUGGACUUGAAG